UCUCUCAACUUUUCGCUGCACAGAUCCCUCGCCGGCGCCGUCCGUCGCACCGCCGACCGCCCCGCCCCGCCCGUCCUCCCUGCUCCGAGCUAAAAACCCGAAGUUCCCUCCGUCGGGUCCCUUUGCAAAGCUCCCAUCUCGCAACGAGGAUUCGAAGACGAGCGCUUCCAGAUUCCCGCCGCAUCCGAAUCUGGGGGUUCCGACGACGAGCGCUCGCCGCCGUUUCGCUUCCCCCCCUAGCUCAGCAGCCCCCGAAUUUCUUCAGUGCAUUGUUGCUGUCCGGGGUGGGCAUUGUCGCGGAAGGGCCUCGGUUUCGAUCUUUUCGCGUCGGAUCGGUCGGCGGGAGGUCUCGGCCGGGUGAUUGGCGUUUUCCGGGUUGGUUUUUUUUAUGAAGCUGUGUGGAGGAGGAGGAGGAGGGUCUGAUGGUGGUUGAAGGGAAUGGAGGGGAGUGAGGAAGUUGAUAGGAAUGGGGCAAAUGGUAGUGGCUCCGGCGAUGGCCGGCCUCCGAACCCGCUCGCCGCCUCCCAUCGGCAGUGCUUGAGCAACGACCGGGUCGCCGCGGUCCCGCGCAAGAAGUCACUUGUUCGUCACCCUUCUCUCGUAAAGACAAAGAUGUCGGAUAUCGCUGAUGAUCCAAUCUCGGGUGUAUGGAGUUGUGAGUCUGAGUUUCUUCUGGUGAUUCGCUCGGGAGCAUGCGCUGACAUCGGUUAUCGUACAAGCAUGGAGGAUGCAUAUGUUUGUGUUGACGACUUUGUUCGUGAUUAUGGACUCACUACCAUGGCUGAUGGGCCCAAUGCGUUCUAUGGGGUCUUUGAUGGGCAUGGGGGAAAGCAUGCUGCUGAUUUUGCUUGCUCCAACUUACUGCAGUACAUUAUUAAAGAUGAGGACUUUCCACGGGAGAUUGAGAAGGUUGUUUCUUCAGCAUUUCUACAAACUGAUGCUGCCUUUGCAGAAGCGUGUUCCUUGGAUGCUGCUCUUGCUUCUGGGACGACGGCUUUGGCUGCGAUUGUUAUGGGAAGAUCGUUGAUAGUUGCUAAUGCUGGAGACUGUCGAGCAGUACUAUGUCGCCGUGGGAGAGCGAUUGAGAUGUCAAGGGAUCAUAAACCAGUCUGCACCAAAGAGAAGAAGCGAAUUGAGGCAUCAGGAGGGUAUAUCUGUUGUGAUGGGUACCUUAAUGGACAACUUAAUGUAGCUCGUGCUUUAGGUGAUUGGCACGUGGAAGGAAUGAAAAGUAGGGAAGGAGGGCCACUAAGUGCCGAGCCAGAGCUAAUGAGCAUGGAUCUGACUGAGGAAGAUGAAUUCCUCAUCAUAGGGUGUGAUGGAAUUUGGGAUGUGUUUAGAAGUCAGAAUGCUGUGGAUUUCGCUCGGAGGAGACUUCAGGAGCACAAUGAUCCAAUUAUGUGUUGUAAGGAUCUGGUAGAUGAGGCUUUGAAGAGGAAGAGUGGGGAUAAUUUGGCUGCCGUAGUUGUCUGCUUUCGACCAGAUCCUCCACCCAACUUGAUCGCUCCACGCCCAAGAGUUCAUAGGAGCUUUUCAGCUGAAGGUUUGAGGGAAAUUCAGAGCUACUUGGACGGCUUGGCUGAUCGAGGGGAUAGAGACUAAUUUGAGGUUUUUUGUCGGUUCAUUUUCCUCAAAUAUUUCAUCGAGAUCAAUUUUUACUAACUGUAGGUUUAGGUGGUUAUGAUUUUUGAGUUACAAACUGUAAUAUAUGCGGGCAUAGUGUCAGCAGCACUUUUCAUUUUUGUAGAGAUCUGCUCUGAGUUCCCAGUGUUGUUUUUGGCCGCUUGAUGAUACCUUGUUCAGUAUUUUCUUCUUGUUUUGUGCAUUGAAUUAUGCACAUCGGUAGACUUACUCCGUAUGAAAGAUUUGACUGUAGGUAUCAACUAUGAAAAUGAGCGCUUUGAUUUUUGUA